UGAUGACGGCUGCCUGCACACAGCAGCAGCAGCAGCGGACUGACUGAAGGUGUGACAGCCUGCGGAUGAGCCUCAACUCCGGCAGGUGGACACCAUGAACUACGUGGGGCAGCUGGCGGGCCAGGUGCUGGUGACAGUGAAGGAGCUCUAUAAGGGGAUUAAUCAGGCCACUCUGUCUGGCUGCAUCGAUGUGAUCGUGGUACGACAGCCUGAUGGGACGUUCCAGUGCUCCCCUUUCCACGUCCGCUUUGGAAAACUGGGGGUUCUUCGCUCUAGAGAGAAAGUGAUUGACAUAGAAAUCAAUGGGGAACCUGUUGAGUUGCACAUGAAGCUUGGAGACAACGGAGAAGCCUUUUUUGUCCAGGAGACAGAACAGCACAAUGAGAUCAUCCCAGCCCACCUGGUGACCUCGCCCAUCACCACAGAAGAACCACUGUUCAGGAGCAGAGAGCCCAGAAAUGGGGGAUCAUCGGCGGAGAGCAGUCAGCCUCUCAGUCCAGAAGAACCAGCCUCUGGAAACCUGCAGCCCUGCUCCAACACAGCCGGCAAGAAGAAGAAGAGACGCAGGAGGAAGCACAAGGCCGAGCACCGGAAGGAGGAGCAAACCACACCUGCAGGCGGGGAGCUGGAGCUGUGUGAACUCAGUUCAGACGAUGAGCACAACACACACAAUGGACGGGCAUCUUCACUCGCCACGAUGAAGGACAAUACGGACCACAGGCAACAUUCCCCCCCCACCGCCCUGGAAUGGGACAGCUACCCGUUCUCAGACGGAGACUGGUCGCCCUGCACUGCCAGGGAGAUGUCUGGGCCCAUGUCGCCAAAGAGUGAUUCCGAGUUGAUGGUGAAUCCUGCAGAGAGCAUGCUCAGGGCCGACUCGCACAUGCAGUGGAGCUGGGGAGAGUUUCCAGAAUCCACCAGGGUCAACAAAAAGGACAAGUCGAAGACGUUGACCAUCACUCCCUCAGAGAAUACACAUUUCAGGGUUAUCUUGAGUUCAGAAGCCAUGGAGGCAGAGUCAACGGAGAGAGAGAGAACAACGGAUCCAAUCUGCAGCAUCGUCAAACCAGAGCCCCGGACCGUCAAACCCGAUCAGUGCAGCUGCAAACCGCAGCCCCCUGAAGCUUCAUCACAGCCCAGUUGUUCUGGGCACGACACAAGCAUUACUCAGCACAAGCCAGACCUUUCAAAUUUAAGCUUUUCAUCUGAGCCAUGUCCCAGUAACUCCGACCUCAGCACGAAAAACGUACGGAAGACCAGGUGGACGUCUUCGCCGCCCAGCCGCAGGGACAGCAACUCUGCUGCCAGCGGAGUCAGUGAUGUGGCCGGAGACUCAGCAGCUGUGUGUCCAGACGCAAGAGCCUCCACCAAACCCACCGACUCCCCCACCAAGAGGAGAGGUGUGAGAAAGAGGAGCCAACAUCAGGGACCUGAAGAUAUUUACCUGGAUGAUCUGAAUGCACUCGAGCCUGAUGUUGUUGCUCGGUACUUCCCGAAAAGUGAGUCUGAGCAGGUUCCUAAGCACUGGGUCGAGACGGGGAGGCGCUCUGGAUCCCAGUCGCCUCAGUCGGUGGGGAGCGCAGCAGCAGACAGCGGCACAGAGUGUCUGUCCGACUCUGCCGGUGACCUACCUGACGUCACCCUGUCACUCUGUGGUGGAGUUAGUGAGAAUUCAGAGAUUGCUAAAGAAAAAUUCAUGGAGCACAUCAUUACCUACAACGAAUUUGCAGAGAAUCCAGCAAUUAUUGACAAUCCCAAUUUGGUGGUUAGAAUUGCAAACAGAUAUUACAACUGGACACUGGCAGCACCGUUGAUCCUUUGUAUGCAGGCUUUUCAGAAGAACCUGCCAAAGGCUACAGAAGAGGCCUGGGUGAAGGACAAAAUGCCGAAGAAGUCUGGGCGCUGGUGGUUCUGGAGAAAGAGCAGCGUGAAGCAGUCAUCAUCAGAGACCAAGUUAGAGAGACAGGAGUCCCUGACCAGAGAGAGCCCUGCCCUCCACCAGGCCCCAGAAACACAACUGUCCUGCAGGCAGAAAACAGCUGAGUGGUCCAGCGACGACGAGACUAAAGAGCUGAACGCUGAGGCGCCUGCUCUGACGCCUACUGAGCGUGUGCAGACAGAAGGCCCGGCACCGGCUCUGUGUCCCUCUUACAAGAAGUCCCUGCGUCUGUCGUCCGACCAGAUAGCCAGCCUGAAGCUGAGGGAGGGGCCGAACGAUGUCACCUUCAGCAUAACCACUCAGUACCAGGGGACGUGUCGGUGCGAGGGCACCAUCUACCUGUGGAACUGGGACGACAAGGUCAUAAUCUCUGACAUCGACGGCACCAUCACCAAAUCAGAUGUGUUUGGUCACAUCCUGCCUCAGCUUGGGAAAGACUGGACUCAUCGAGGAAUUGCAAAGCUUUACCACUCAGUACACGAGAAUGGGUACAAGUUCUUGUACUGUUCGGCCCGAGCAAUCGGCAUGGCUGACAUGACACGAGGAUAUUUGCACUGGGUGAACGACCGGGGGACUCUCCUGCCUCAAGGACCCCUCAUGCUCUCCCCGAGCAGCCUCUUCUCUGCCUUUCACAGAGAGAUCAUAGAAAAAAAGCCUGAGAAGUUCAAGAUCGAAUGCCUCACAGACAUCAAGAACCUGUUCUUCCCAAACAAACAUCCCUUCUACGCAGCCUUUGGAAACAGAGAGAGUGAUGUUUUUGCCUACAAGCAAGUGGGUGUGCCAGUGUGCCGGAUAUUCACAGUGAACCCUAAGGGGGAGUUAAUCCUCGAGCAAGCCAAAGGCAAUAAAACAUCAUACAGCCGGCUGAGUGAGCUGGUGGAGCAUGUUUUUCCUUUACGAAGCACGCAACACAACGCCACCUUCAGCUGCCCAGAGUUCAGCUCCUUCUGUUACUGGAGACAACCGAUCGCUGAGGUGUGUUUUGAAGAGCUGCUUUAAC